GCUGCGAGUCGCAGCGGCCGCGGCGGCGGGCGGAGAAGAUGCGGCCGCGGCGCGCCCCCGGUCCGGCCACAGCACAGCGCCCUCCCUGGAGCAGACACCAGCGCGCGGGGGGCCGGGGCUGAGCCCCCUCCCCCAGCGCAGCGCCGCGGGCCCGGGGGCGGGGAGAGCGCGCGCCCCCAGGCCCCCGCCCCACCCCGGGAUGCCGGGCUGAGCUGUCCGGGCCGGGACAGGUGCGCGCACGGACCCCCCCACCCCGCCGUCCGCCCGCCCUCGCGCUCCCUCCCGCGCACUCGCGGCCACAACGGCUCCGAGCGGGGAAUUUUUCUGGGACUUGAAGGACUCAGCGGAGGCUCGCGCACGCCCUCUACGGGCCAUCAUCGGGACUACAGGUCUCCCGCUCAUCCCGCCGCCCCUCGCCUGCAGGUGCCACCUCUGGUCGCCUGGCUCUCGCCAUGCGGACUCCUCGAACGCACCCUCCCCGCCCGGCCCUGCUGCUCCUGCUGCUGCUACAGCGGGGCGCCCACAGCCUCUUUCCUGAAGAACCGCCGCCGCUCAGUGUGGCCCCCAGAGACUACCUGAACCACUAUCCCGUGUUCGUGGGCAGUGGACCUGGACGCCUGACCCCCACAGAGGGUGCUGACGACCUCAACAUACAGAGGGUUCUGCGGGUCAACAGGACGCUGUUCAUUGGAGACAGGGACAACCUGUACCGGGUGGAACUGGAGCCACCCACUUCCACAGAGCUGCGCUACCAGCGGAAGCUGACCUGGCGAUCUAACCCCAGUGACAUUGACGUGUGUCGAAUGAAAGGCAAGCAAGAGGGCGAGUGCCGAAACUUCGUAAAGGUGCUUCUACUUCGGGAUGAGUCCACGCUCUUCGUGUGCGGCUCUAACGCCUUCAACCCGGUGUGCGCCAACUACAGCAUAGACACCCUGCAGCCUCUUGGGGAUAACAUCAGUGGCAUGGCCCGCUGCCCUUAUGACCCCAAACAUGCCAAUGUUGCCCUUUUCUCUGAUGGGAUGCUCUUCACAGCUACUGUUACUGACUUCUUAGCCAUUGAUGCUGUCAUCUACCGCAGCCUUGGGGACCGGCCCACCCUACGCACCGUGAAACACGACUCCAAAUGGUUUAAAGAGCCAUACUUUGUUCAUGCAGUGGAGUGGGGCAACCACGUCUACUUCUUCUUCCGGGAGAUCGCAAUGGAGUUUAACUACUUGGAGAAGGUGGUGGUGUCCCGCGUGGCCCGAGUGUGCAAGAACGACGUGGGAGGCUCCCCCCGUGUGCUGGAGAAGCAGUGGACGUCCUUCCUGAAGGCACGGCUCAACUGCUCUGUGCCUGGGGACUCCCACUUCUACUUCAACGUGCUGCAAGCCGUCACAGGCGUGGUCAGCCUGGGAGGCCGGCCCGUGGUCCUCGCAGUCUUUUCCACACCUAGCAAUAGCAUCCCUGGCUCGGCUGUCUGCGCCUUUGACAUGACACAUGUGGCUGCUGUGUUCGAAGGCCGCUUCCGUGAGCAGAAGUCCCCUGAGUCCAUUUGGACACCUGUGCCAGAGGAUCAGGUGCCUCGGCCCCGGCCCGGGUGCUGUGCUGCUCCCGGCAUGCAGUACAAUGCCUCCAGCGCCUUGCCCGAUGACAUUCUUAAUUUCGUCAAGACCCACCCCCUGAUGGAUGAGGCUGUGCCCUCGCUAGGCCAUGGGCCCUGGAUCGUGCGGACCCUGAUGCGGCACCAGUUGACCCGUGUGGCUGUGGAUGUGGGCGCUGGCCCCUGGGGCAACCAGACUGUCGUCUUCCUGGGUUCCGAGGCGGGCACUGUCCUCAAGUUUCUCAUCCGGCCCAAUGCCAGCGCUUCAGGGACUGCUGGGCCCAGUGUCUUUCUAGAGGAGUUUGAAACCUAUCGGCCAGACAGGUGUGGUCGGUCUGGUGGUGGUGAGAUAGGGCAGCGGCUACUGAGCCUGGAGCUGGACACAGCCUCAGGCGGCCUGCUGGCGGCCUUUCCCCGCUGUGUGGUCCGUGUGCCCGUGGCGCGCUGCCAGCAGCACUCAGGGUGUAUGAAGAACUGUGUUGGCAGCCAGGACCCCUACUGUGGGUGGGCCCCCGAUGGCUCCUGCAUCUUCCUUAGCCCUGGCACCAGAGCCACCUUUGAGCAGGAUGUGUCCGGGGCCAGCACCUCAGGCUUAGGGGACUGCACAGGGCUCCUUCGGGCAAGCCUCUCCGAGGAGCGUGCUGGGCUGGUGUCUGUGAACCUGCUGGUGACAUCGUCAGUGGCGGCCUUCGUAGUGGGCGCAGUGGUGUCCGGCUUCAGUGUGGGCUGGUUUGUAGGUCUCCGUGAACGGCGUGAGCUGGCCCGCCGCAAGGACAAGGAGGCCAUCCUGGCCCAUGGGGGUGGCGAGGCAGUGCUGAGUGUGAGCCGGCUGGGGGAGCGCCGGGCAGCUGGCCCUGGGGGUCGGGGUGGUGGGGCUGGCGGGGCUGGUGGGGUCGGGGGUCCCCCUGAGGCACUGCUGGCACCCCUCAUGCAGAAUGGGUGGGCCAAGGCCACGCUGCUGCAGGGCGGCCCCCACGACCUGGACUCGGGGCUGCUGCCCACACCGGAGCAGACUCCACUGCCCCAGAAGCGCCUGCCCACCCCGCACCCCCACCCUCAUGCCCUGGCCCCCCGUGGCUGGGACCAUGGCCACCCCCUGCUCUCUGCCUCCGCCUCUUCCUCUCUGCUGCUGCUGGCCCCCACCCGGGCCCCAGAGCAGCCCUCUGUGCCAGGGGAGCCGGCCCCUGACACCCGCCUCUAUGCUGCGCGGCCUGGCCGAGCUUCCUAUGGCGACUUCCCGCUCACCCCUCAUGCCAGCCCGGACCGCCGGCGAGUGGUGUCAGCACCCACGGGCCCCUUAGACCCAACCACAGCCUCUGACAGCCACCCUCGGCCCUGGAGCCCACCCCCAACGGGCAGCCUCCGGAGACCAGGGCCCCAUGCCCCACCAGCCACCGCCCUGCGCCGCACGCACACGUUCAACAGUGGUGAGGGCAGGCCCGGGGAACGACACCGUGGCUGCCAUGCCCGGCCAAGUACGGACUUGGCCCACCUCCUCCCCUAUGGGGGGGCAGACAGGACUGCACCCCCGGUGCCCUAGGCAUGGGCCCUCCCACCACCUUGGCAGUGCCAGCCACGGGAACCAGGAGCGACAGAGGGCGCGAGAACGCCAGGCCCUGGCCAGCUCCGAGUGGGUGCUUAAGACCCCCACCCCACCUGCGUGGGGGGCCCCCUCCGCCACACGGAAGCACAACGAGCUCGCCCUCCCCCCACCCAGGGCACAGGACACUGAGAUGGUUUGGGGUGGGUGGGUGGGAGGAAUUUGCUAUGGAUUUGAGGUUGACCUUAUGCGCGUAGAUUUUGGUUUCUUUUGCAAUUUUUGUUUCUUUUGCAGUUUUUUAACCAAUUGCACAACUCCGUUCUUGGGGUGGUGACCAGGGGCUUGGCAGUGGGGUGGGGACAGGAGAGGGGCCACUGCUGCAGACCCAAGCCCCCCCCAAAAGAUGUCCCUCCCUGCCCCAGGUCCCUGGUGUGUGCGGGUGUGUGUGUGUGUGUGUGUGCAUGCUGUGUUCGUAUGUGCAAGGGGCUGGGGAGGGGCGUGUGUGUGUGCCUGUGAGGGCUGCUGUGGGUGUGUGCUGUGUGUGUUUAAGUGCGAGUGUGUGGUCUCCCCAGCAGCCUGGGUGUUGGCUGAGCCGAUGCUGGGGCUUCCAGAAGGCUGAGGGCCUCCAAGUUGCCGGUCCAGAGUCUGAACCCCCCAUGCAGAGGGAAGGGGGAACAGUGCUGGGAUUUCAGGCCAGAAAUCAGGACAGCCUGCCCAGAAGUCACAUUUGCAGUCUACAGGGCUCAAGGAGGUCUGGGGAGAGGUGAAGCGGGCAGGCCCCCUGUAGUGCAGUCCUGGGGUGGUCAGAGAGACCCAUAUCACCCAUCCUCUUGAUACCUCCCCCCUUUGAUCUCCAGCUGACCAUGCAUGCCACGUGGCCAGUUGAGUCCUGUACCCUUUCUGGAGCUUGCCUCCCCCAGCCCCUUCCCAUCAAUAAAACUCUGUUUACAACCA